GCUAACUAGAGCGCUCGCAGCGCGUGGUGAUUUCCUAGUUACCCGGCAGACGAGACUCGAGGAUCGCGAUCCAGUAGGAAUCGCGGCCCGGAAGUCCCUUCUGAGUCCACGAGUCUAAGGUCAAGAGGCUACUGGAGAUAUGAGUAAAGACUGUGGAAUAUGUGGGAUUUAUCCCAGAUGGUUGCGAAAUCGAGCCACCCCGAGGACCUUUAUCGUGGUAUACGGUUUACUGGGCACCGUCCAGGCAAUGGCCUUCAUCUACAUUAUCGUCACCCUGACGACUCUGGAGAAGAGAUUCAAGAUUCCCAGUCGUACGACUGGAUUGAUUCUUUCGGGUAACGAGAUCUCUCAGAUUUUGUCCCUGAUCUUGACCUACUACGGAGGAUCCAGUCAUCGGCCAAAAUGGAUCGCGGUUGGGGUCAGCUUGAGCGCACUGUCCUGUCUCGUUUUGGCUCUACCACACUUCAUAUACGGUCCUGGAAAGGACGCCUUGGCAUUGACGAAGGAAUAUCUGGAUCAGACCUUACUGAACAUGACAACUGUCCCGAAAGAUCUUGGGAUCUGUCCUCGUAUGGACCAGCCGGAACUCUGCGACGCCGAAACUAAAUUGACCGUUAGUUAUCUUCCUCGACUGUUGGUUUUUCUAUCUCAAUUUAUCCUUGGUAUCGGAACUACUCUUUAUUACGGCUUAGGACAAACGUAUUUAGACGACAAUACGAAGAAGAAAAAUACACCCAUGCUCUUAGGCUUUACAUUCGCUUUACGUACCGUGGGUCCGGCGAUCGGAUUUCUAUUGGGCUUUGGCUGUCUGAGUUUAUACGUAGACCCAAAGCUCACUCCUGUUAUUACGAAGAAAGAUCCGCGAUGGCUAGGUGCAUGGUGGCUCGGUUGGAUCAUUCUUGGCGCUACGAUGGGUAUGUUCGCCGUUUUGAUUGCUAUGUUUCCACGUGAUCUUCCCAAAUCGAAAGAUAUUUCUAAGAAGGAUGGCGAAAUACCUUUGAAGUUAGAUUUAGUGCUGGAGCAGAAGCCUCCGAUACAGAUGGAACCCGCCAACCCAAGACCCUUGGAAGCUGAGUAUAUACCGACAAUCCGUGAAUUUCCAAAAGCUUUGAAACGGUUGUUAACGAACUGGCUGUUGACCUGUAACAAUUUAAGCGGUGUAUUUUAUAUUCUCGGCGCUUCUGCUUAUAUCACGUUCAUAGCAAAGUAUCUUGAAGUCCAAUACGGUACGUCCACGGCUGGCGGUACUGUGAUAGCAGGUCCCAUAUCGUUAGUUGGUAUGGUAUUAGGGUUUUUGUUAUCGGGAUUAAUAAUUAGCAAAUUCAAGCCAGGUCCCAGACCGCUGCUCGCGUGGAACGUAAUCGUCGGCAUUUGCUUCGUCCUAGGACAAAUAGCAUUCAUAUUUCUUGGUUGCACAGAUGUUGGAAUCCGCGGUAUAGACUUGACUACUAUGCAAAUGAAUUUAACAGCUGAUUGCAAUACUGACUGCAACUGUGUAGGCAUCAAAUAUUCACCAGUCUGCCACGAGGCGUCGAAGACAACUUUCUUCUCUGCCUGUCACGCAGGAUGUCGAACGAUCCUGGACGACAAACAGUUCGGAAACUGCAGUUGUCUGCCAAUAAAUGAAUCAAGCUAUAUCGAAGGUGACUUGGAUCAUUUCAGCUCCAGAGACCAGUCAUUCAGUUUUAUUUCGAAACAGCAGAUAUAUGAGUUCGAUUCGCAAGCACUUCCGCCGAUCUUCGACAAGGUCAAAGCUGGCCCAUGCAGCAGUGACUGUAGCCGGCCGUAUUUGCUCUUCACGGUGCUCAGUUGCGUGAUUCAUACGCUGGGCUGUUCCGGGAGAAUCGGCAAUGUCCUGGUGAAUUACAGGAGUGUCGAAAAAAAGGACAAGAGUUUCGCCCAAGGCAUCACGCUGAUGAUCAUCUCGUUGCUGGCUUUAAUUCCGGGGCCGAUUAUCUAUGGGGCUAUUAUCGAUUCGACUUGUUUAAUAUGGGAGGAAUCUUGUGGGACAAGAGGAAACUGCUGGUUCUAUCACCGAGACAACUUCCGAUAUUUUGUGAACGUUUCGUCGGCCGGAUUUACCAUGAUAGGAGUAUUACUCGACGGUGUAGUUUGUUAUCUCGGUAAAGAUUUGGAUUUGUAUGGCGCCGCGGAGAGUGACAAGAGACGCGAGUUCGUGAAGGAAAAUGUCACAACUGAUAAUGUAGACAAGAAGAAGGAAGUUAAUGGAAAUGUAAAUCAGAGGACAGAACAGAGUCGUCUAUAACGCUUGCUGCUGUCCGAUAGUGAACAAUCCAAUGAGAUUCGUGGAAUUGCUCUAGGUACCUGAAAUUCCGGGGCUUUUGUGACUGACGAACACUCCGAUGAUUUGUAGACAGUGCAAUGAUUCUAUUAACGACAGGAGACGUAAAUCGUGUAAAUAAUUUUAAUAUAACGCAAUAAUUAAUUGAUAAAACUUUUAGAUUCUCGGGAUCGAAAGCUGGGAGCUAUCGUUGUUAUAGUUUUGUUGUUAAACCUUUAUUUUUAAAUCAUGCUCAUUUUUAUUUUGUUGUAA